AUGCGUCGCGCAGCUUCCAGAGCCCUUCGGACGACUUGUCAAUGUACAGUCCGGGGCCUUAGUCGUACCACCGGCCGACCGCGACGCAUCGUCUUCCCUCAGCACUCCAGCGUUGCCCUGGGCGCCCGCUCCUCUUCGUCUUCGUCGAGACCGAACCACGCCCUCAGUGAGCCCCUGCGAUCAUCCAUGUAUAUUCGUCGCCUCUCCGUCGCCUUUGUCUCAGGCCUCGUCGGAUACGGCGCUUGGUACACGUACAAGGGUAACAACGCCUUGGAGCAGGCAACGGGACGGGCGUACACGACCACCGCGACCCAGCUUGCGCCUGAUGCUGGACCGACUCGCACCGUGCUGGUGGUAGGUGCUGACGAAUUGCACACGGGGACGUUCGUGGGCGAGGGCCCGAUAUCUAAGAACGCCGACGGAAGUGGACGGAAUGUGCUCGAGAUGCUUACACCGGAGCAAGCUACCGAGAAGAUGCGCCAGAAUGAGGUUUCUUUCAUGGUAAACAGGGGACAAGGCGUCCUGAGGUAUGACAUAGUGCAAGUCGCCAGCAACAAUCCAAUUGAAGAUGAUCACGCCGAGAAGAUUGUCGAGGUUGCGCCGCCCUCGUCGAGCGAGGACAAGUCCAACAGCGACUGGAUGUUCUGGGGUGUCUUUGAUGGCCAUGCAGGAUGGACUACGUCGGCAAAGCUGAGGGAGACCCUGAUCAACUACGUCGCUCGAGAAAUCAACACCACCUACAAAGCUGCUAGCACCAUGAACACGAUGCCGUCGCCCGAGGCUAUCGAUGCUGCUAUGAAGGCCGGGUUCACCCGUCUAGACGACGAGAUUGUCCACGAGAGUGUCGACAAUGUACUAAAGUCUAAAUCAAAGCGAGUUGCAGCUGAGCUGCUUGGUCCAGCCUUGUCUGGCUCAUGUGCUCUACUCUCGUACUACGAUAGUAGCUCCAAAACCUUGCGCGUUGCCUGCACCGGCGACUCGCGCGCUGUACUUGGCCGACGCGGUGCCAAUGGCAAGUGGACGGCAACUGCUCUAUCCGAAGACCAGACCGGCAGCAACCCCAACGAGGCAGCUCGGAUGCGCAAGGCUCACCCAGGCGAGGCGCGCGUCAUCCACAACGGACGGGUUCUAGGCGGUCUCGAGCCCACCAGAGCUUUUGGAGAUGCUAGCUACAAGUGGAGUAGAGCCGUCUCUGAACAACUCAGAGCAUCCUUCUUCGGCCGCAGCUCUUCACCGUACCUCAAGACUCCCCCCUACGUCACGGCCGAGCCCGUUGUCACUACUACCAAGGUUCAACCUGAGAAGGGUGACUUCAUGGUCAUGGCUACCGAUGGCCUUUGGGAGAUGUUGACCAACGAGGAGGUCGUCGGAUUGGUGGGAAAGUGGAUCGAGACGCAGACCGAGCAGUCCAACUCGCAGCUCAGUUCCGCAUGGUCCAAGAUGUUCGGUUCCAGCAAAGGUCUCCCCGUGGAGACUGCCAAGGACGGAGGAGCCGGUGGCCAGAAGACCCCAAUCCGCCUACAACAAUGGGGCAUCUCGCCAGAUGAGCCGGAACGCUUCGUCGUGAAGGACAAUAAUGUCGCCACGCAUCUCGUCCGCAAUGCUCUUGGCGGUAAGAAUGAGGAUCAGGUUUCCGCCUUGCUCACUCUGGUAUCGCCUUUCUCCAGACGUUACCGGGAUGAUCUUACUGUCCAAGUCAUCUUCUUCGGCAAUGGUCAAAAGACGGGCGAAGUACUCGUCAACGAGGAGGCAUCGAGCCCUCCUAAAUCAGCUUUCAAGGCGAAGCUGUAG